UAGGUGCUGACUGUGUGACGCGGAACAGCGGCUCUGGGCGUGCGCCCCUGCUUGGCAGCCAAUCAGAGAUCGUCGAAGGACAAUGGCCCCGCGUCUAGCGGAACUUGUGGCCCCCGUGAUACCCUUCCCUGCGCACACAUACCCGGGCCACACUGGGCUAGCUCUGCCACCUUUUUUCCAGGCUGUUGGGAACAGCGAAGCGACCCCGCCCCCUCCCUCUCUACCGGCCCCGCCCCGCCCCCAGCUCUGGACUCGGGCUGGUCCUUGGCCUCCGCCCGCGGAUUUUCCGCGGUUGCGGCUGGUGGGGGAGGCGGAGCCCGGGAGGGGCCUGCGACUAUUUCAGGCUGUGCCCCGCCAGGGUCAGGACUAAGGCGUCCUGUCCCGGACACAGAAUAGCAGCCUGAGUCCUGUCUCCUCACCAGAGUCUGAUGGAGUCAGAAAGGCCUAAGCCAGGGCGAUGUUGAAAAUGGUGACUUUUUUCCAAGGUCUUCCUGGCCAACCGUCUGUGCCGGGGACCCUGGACUUCCCCGGGAGCCCCCAGAAGUCACGCUCCACGUCUGAGGCGGAACCAGAGGCCUCCAUGUCAGAGGCUUCUUCCGAGGACCUGAUGCUAUCCCAGGAGGCUGGGACGGCUCGGGAUGGGGAGGAGGAAGAGUCUGCAAAGAAGGAGAAGAAGAAGUCCAAAGGACUGGCCAACGUGUUCAGUGUCUUCACCAAAGGGAAGAAGAAGAAGAAGAAAAAGGACCAGCCCAGAUUAUCGGAUCCUGAGGUCCAGCCCAAGUCCAGGCCCGACCUAGAUGGUCCACCGCCCACAGUGGAGGAGCUCAAGGAGGCCCUGGAGAGUGGGCGGCUGGAGGCCGCAUGGCAGGUGCUGGCACUGGAGCGGGAGCUGGAGGCUGAGGCAGCAGCGGCGAGCCGCAGGAGCAACGAGGAGCUGGUGCGGCAGCAGAGCAAGGUGGAGGCGCUGUACUUGCUGCUGCGCGACCAGGUGCUCAGGGUGCUGCGGCGGCCGCUGGAGGCGGCGCCCGAGAGGCUGCGCCAGGCGCUGGCCGUGGUGUCACAGCAGGAGCUUGAGGACCGUCGGGCGGCCGGGGCACCCGUGGCGGCGGUGCUGGUGGCCACGCGCCCCCGGCGCUGGCUGCAACUGUGGAGGGACAGUGUGGCGGAGGUGGCGGCGGAGCGUCUGGACGCGCAGCCAGCCGUGGUGCCCGAGGGCCGCUCGGAGGCCGAGACCAGGUUCCUGCACAUGGGCUGCACCAUGAAGGAGGACCUGGAGGCGGUGGUGGAGCGGCUGAAACCGCUGUUCCCUGCCGAGUUCAACGUUGUGCACACCUAUGCCGAAAGCUACCACGCGCACUUCGCAGCCCAGCUGUGCACCUUGGCGCAGUUCGAGCUGUGUGAGAGGGACACCUACUUUCUGUUGCUCUGGGUGCUGAACCUCUACCCCAAUGAUAUUCUGAACAGCCCUAAGUUGGCAAAGGAGCUACAGGGUAUCAGGCUUGGGAGCCUCCUGCCCCCUAAGCAGAUCAGGUUGCUGGAGGCGGUGUUCCUGUCCAAUGAGGUGACCAAUGUGAAGUUACUGAUGACCCGAGCCUUAGAGCUAGAGUCUCAGCGCUGGGCCCGGGAUGUGGCUCCCCAGAGCCUGGAUGGCCAUUACCACAGUGAGCUGGCGAUCGACAUCAUCCAGAUCGUCUUACAAGGCCUGGACAAGGCCGAGAACAUCACUCCUGAAGUCGGGGUACAGAUAAGACAGUUGCUUCUGGUGGAGCUGGCUGCACUACUGAGGAGCUACCAGCGCACCUUUGAUGAAUUCCUAGAGAAGAGCAAACUGCUGACAAAUUACAGGGCCAACAUCAUCGCCAACAUCAACAACUGCCUGUCCUUCCGAACAUCUGUGGAGCAGAAGUGGCAGAUACCUCAAGAUUCCCUGAACCACAUGCUGGAUCCCUUGAAAGAUCUUAAGGCUCAUGGCUUCGACACCCUGCUCCAGAGCCUGUUUUCAGACCUGAAGCCACUGUUCAAGAAGUUCACACAGACCCGCUGGGCAACGCCAGUUGAGACCCUGGAGGAAAUCAUCACUACUGUGGGCAUCAGGCUGCCUGAGUUCUCGGAACUGAAGGACUGUUUUCAGGAGGAGCUCAUGGGGGCCGUGCACCUGCACCUGGUGAAGGAGUACAUCAUCCGGCUCAGCAAACGGCGCGUGGUCCUCAAGACUGAGGAGCAGCAGCAGCAGCUGGCAAGGCACAUCCUCGCCAAUGCCGACGUCAUUCAGCAUUUCUGCACUCAGAAUGGCUCCAACGCAACCUGGCUGAACCAAGCCCUCCCUAGGCUCGCUGAGAUCAUUCACCUGCAAGAUUCCAAUGCCAUUAAGAUUGAAGUGGCCACAUAUGCCACCUUGUACCCUGACUUCAGCAAAGGCCACCUGAACGCCAUCCUGGCCAUCAAGGGAAAUCUACUAAGCAGUGAAGUCAGGAGCAUCCGGAAUAUACUGGACAUCAACACAGGGGUGCAGGAGCCUUCCAGGCCCCUAUUUUCACUUAUAAAAGUUGGUUAACUUUUCCAAAUGUCUGAUGUGCUAAUGAGCACGCAGCGAAUGUCAGGCACCACCCCGGUUGGGGAUGCUCAAUGGCACUGGCACCGUGACCCAUCACCAGCCUCCCACAUUCUGCUGCUGUUUUUUCUCAGCCUUGGCUCUGGAACAAGACCUGGCAGCCAGGAUUGGACAUACCACUGUCCAGUGGGGCCCAGAACCCACUGUGGGCCAUUGCCCUGUGAGCACGCAAGAAUUUUCUCAUAAACGAUGGUUCAUCUUGGGCGGACUGCCCCUACCUUCUA